AAUUCAUCUGAUUUCAUCAACAUCUAUACAUAUCCUCAUGAGAUAUUAGGACGCGACAUCACCUGCCUUCUUUCCGAACCAUCUCCAGAGUUUUGCAGAGGGAGCACAGUAGAUUUAUUUGGACCAGCUCGUGAUGGAAAGUUUUAGACUUUUUUAGAAGAGGCAUCAUUAUCGCUUUAAUUCAACUUGUUGGUGGAUGAACUUCAGAGAGAGCACUGGACGGAAUAAAAGGAUUUGGAGAAAAUGAAAAGCUUCUGUAGAGGUGAGUAGGCUCCUCUUUAAUGAUGUUAAACUUUUUAUAGGAGUCACAAAACUUUUGAUCAAAGAAAAAAAUUAGAAAAGAAAAAGUAACACACUGACAUGUCAUUAUAACCCAAAUUUUACUGUCAUUUACUAUCAUUUGGCGUAACUGAAACUUUGCUGCCCCUAAUCCAAUAGGAGUUUGUUUUGUCUCUCUAAGAGUUUUAUCUGUGGUUGGAAAAGUCUUAAAUGUUAUUUGAAGAAUACGGUGAAUAGUGGUACUCAAGUAAAGAUAUACAAUAAAUAUUUAAAGAUAUAAAACAUACAAUUUUUAGAUUAAAAAAAAACAAAACAAUCAAAUGACCUGUACAUCCUCUUGUCUUGAUCAUUCCUUAUUUCAGUUUUUUUCCAUGCUAAGAUGAUAUUACGUGAAUUUAUGUUUUUCACAUAUUCAAAAUUUGUGUAAACUGGUCAUUCAUUAAUUUUAUUUUUUAUAUCACAAAAUGUAAGGUAUUGCAAACGUAUUUUGUGGUACAUAAUUGAACCUUCAACGUUAUCAAAGAAACUCAGAAAAUGUCAGUAGAUUAAUUAUAAAGCUCUUUAUAGCAUUUUUAGAUUUUUCAAGAAAAUGUGUGUGUGGAGGCGGCGAUUUUCAUGCCAAAAAAGAGAGAGGAAGUAAAGUGGUGUAUGUGUGUGUUUGUGUUUAUGUACGUGUGUGUGAGAGAGACAGAAAGAGAGGGGUGGGUGGGUGGGUUGGGGCCCUUAUUCACAGUAAAAAAUGACAGGGGUUGAGGGGGUCAGAGGCAGCUAAAGCCCCUGUCUAGUUAGCUGUCACUGAUAUGAGAAAGUACAUGAUUCACGUUAGUCAGGGUGUGAGCGGACACACACACUCACUCUCAAAGAAACACACAUGCAUGCACUCACACACUCUUUAUCCCUUGGGAAGGCCUGGUGCGGCUGCUGCUCCAUGUCUAAAGAAAGAAAAGGAGGUGAAAGAAAGAAAGAAAGAGGGAAUGAGGGUUUACUGAAGUAGGUCUGUGCAAUGAAAUGAGAAAUGAUGCGCUGCACAAAAGAUCACUAAGUUCCUCGCGCUGUCCAUUCCCGCUCUGCUCAUCCCGUUUGGUGGUCACUAACAUCAUGUAGCACAGCCUGCCAUCAGCAAAUUAGGUGUAACUAGAGGAGCAUUAAAUAGAGAGCAAAGUGCAAAACAAACUCCAUUUGAUACUCAAAUAAACCUUUAAGAAGCCAAUCUGUUAAACACAAUGAUGCACACACUCACAAACACACUAAGUCACACUCUUAUUGUUCUCCCGAUGUGCUGCCCUCACCUUUGCUCUGACCUUCACCAAAACAUCAAAUUUAAACCAUAUCUACACCCAUAAAUUUAGUGUCCCCAUUACAGGCACUCUUGCACGAUGUCCCCCUAUGGUCAGUCCCCAAAUGUGUCUGCUUUAACAAGUUCAGGUCCCCAGGUGGGCACAUAAACAUGAUAGCCAUUCAAUUUCACAGAAAGAUGCAAAUACAUUUAGUCUUUUAUUAAACACUCUUUUUGUCUCUCUAUCUCCUUUUUUUCUCUAUAUUCCUAUCCCUCUCUACCUCUCUUUUCCCUGUCUAUCCCUCUCUCCCUCUUUUUCGUUCCUUGAACACACACACUCACCCAGGGCCUGUUAUUGCUGGGAAGGUUGAAUUAGUGUCGGUGUGUUUCAGAUAAAGUGUUAGUGUGUGUUGGACCAGUGAGCUAAAACACAACAGCCAACAAAAGGAAACAAAAGAAAAAUGAAGAGAGAGAGAGCAGGGGAUGUGUAAAAAAUGAACCUUUCACAUCUUAUGAUUCGCUCAGCACCAUCUUCAAUUCUUCAUGGUACAUACACGGAUGUCAAGAGGAUGUGUAGAGGCGGGGGUUAUGAGUGUGUGUUGGGGGCGAGAGAGGGAGUAAAAGAGAGGUAGAGGUAGAUAAAAGUAAACAGAGAGAGGGAGAGAGGAACUGGCGGUAGAGGGGUUAAUGCAGUACAGAUUCCCGAUUGACAGAAGUUAGCAGCACCCAGAGGGGGAGAGAGAGAGAGAGAGAGAGAGUAGGGGGGAAUGAUAUAAAAUGAGUCGGUCACGCUUUGAACAGUUACACAUGCUGUUUACAUUUUUCCCAAAUUAACAUGGCCCCUCGCUUCAGAAAAGUCUCCCCUGCUCUCUCCCCUCCACCAACUCCUUUUCCUCUCCCUCCCUCCAUUUAAAUCCUCUCUUCCUCCUCCUCUCUGUCCUGAUCCUUUAAGACCCUCUAAUAUCUCUCAUCAAUCGUAGAUCCAAAAUCAGAUUUGUUACUUUAGCAGUAUCACACUGUGGAAAUAUUCUCUCUGUGAAAAGCGUGAUAAUCAAAACUUCAGUUUCCUAUCAUUCACAGAGGACUAAAAUAAGUUUUCAAUAUUGCAGGAAUUAAGAUAUCAUUAGAUUACAUUAUUAAAUUGGUGUUACUGGUGAAUCACAAGGUCUCAUUAGUAAGUGUUGUUCUACUUAAAUGGCCUUUUUGCCCACUAACCUUCAAAGUAAAUUUCCUUUUAAAUAGAUAAAUAAAGUCAAGGAAAAAGUUCAAAAACUCUUAUUAUUAGCCCAGAUUUUACAAGGGUACAAACUGACAUGUUUCAAAUUCAGACCAGACUCAAGUUACAACUAGAAUAUAUUUUGCCACAACAUUUACAAAAACAACAACAACACAUAAUUUUAAAAACAGACCUAUAAAACAAGAAUGUACAAUGUGACAGUAACCAAAAUCAAACAUAUUUUAGCAAUAAAACUGCAUGUAAAACCCUCAAUGUUUUGUCUAGAAUACCAGAAACAGUUCAACUUCAUGGUUUUUCAGAAUCAUAAUUCCUUAAAGCUUAAAUUGACAUCUUCAAAUCAUUCCUGUUUUCAACAAUGAGUUAAAAGGUUUUAAAAGAUCUAACAGAGUUUCCUCAUAUUUUUGAAAUUAGAACCAGAGAGUUUUUUUUUUUUUAUUUAGCUGUCUUAAAAGAUCAAUCCCUCCUUUGAAAAGUUACCCUGUGCAUAGAAAAUAGUCAGAUGUUAGCUCUCUAAGCUUUAUCUCUAAAUUCAUGAAUUCAGCAGCAUGUUCUUGUCCGAUCACUUUUGAAGGUGUUUUUUCUUUUUUUUAAGAGAAAACACUGAGGUGAAGACUGGUAGUGGUGUUUAGUCCAUUAAAAGCUGAAGGUCUGAAAAACAGUUGGAUGGAGGGAAUGAAAGUUGUUGCGGCAAACUCGUGGAGCCAAUUAGUGAAAGGAAGAGAGGGGAGCAGUAAUUAGGGAGAGAAAGGAAGGAAACUUUAAAAUGGAAGUUUGACAUUUCAGGAUGAUUUGGGGAGAGAGAGGGGGACAUUUGAGCGACAAAGAAAUUGAAACCAAACAUGGUGAUAGAGCCCGGAGCGGCUGGAAUCCACAGAUUUAAAAAAAGACAGAGAUGGAUUGGCUUUAUAAGGUGAAGAGGGGAGACAGACACCGGCGUAAGAAAGGGAACUAAACAGAGGAUGUGGAGUUUACGACUAGCAAGAAAUAGCUACACACAGGGAUUCUUUGCAUAAACACAAUUUUUAUUGGAUUUUUUUUAUGUCUGUUUUCUUUUGCCUUUGUUUGUGGGUCAUUGAUGUUGUUUGGCAACCGGGGUGUGUGUCCAGUGCCAAGAGGAUCAAUUUUAAAUUCGGUCUGAACAAACUCCAAGGGAAGCGAUCUCAUGGGAGAGGUGAUGGGAAAAGUGUGUGUGUUUGUGUGCCUGAAUACACAAUGCUUUGUUUAUGAGUAUUUAUUCAGUAUAGGGUCUGUGCAGACAUGGUUCUACGCUCCACUGCACAAUGUGGAUGCAUGUGUGUGCAUGUGUGCUUGUGCUUGUGUGUGUGUUGAGUUAGUAGAGGAAUGCACAUUUGAUUGAGUACAGAUUGCACAUAAAUCUGGCCUUUAACUGUACACAGACACACAACACUGACCCUGACCCCAGACUGUCAAACCCCUCACCCUCUUUUCACCCUCACUCACCUCACUGAAGGUCCAGCGUGCGUCUCUUUUUACUUCCACUGUUGUUAUAGCCAUCACAUCGGUCUACUGGUGUGGGCAUGUUUGUGCCCCUGGCAUCAUGCACAGGUGUGUUUAUGUUCAGAGUAAGCAUUAUGACAGAUGGAAAAGUUGUCAUCAGGUUGAGUCCAGGGGAACAAUAACAACAACAACAACAACAACAAAACAAGCCAUGCAAGAACAUACAAGUCAUCUGAUGUUGAUUCUGAUGGUUCAUAGUGACCCUGAAGCCUCACCUCUGACAUGAAAGUAUGAUAAAAGUUAAAACACAGGACAAGUCAGAGGAAACACACUGAGAGAAAUGUGACACAUCUGAACCACAAAAGGAUAAUAAUCAGGUGCUGUCCUUUUAUUGAUUGGAUAAUACAAUAUAAUCAUUUAUUACUAAUAAAAGAUAUCAAAUUGAGAGCUUUCUAGAGCUAGCUUUCAUGGGACAUCCUAAUCAGUUAAACUGUGUCACUAUCUCAGAAUGAAAACUAAUUAAUAAUAAGGCGAUUAAGGACUGUAUUAUGGCUUAGUGUCAAAGGAUGACAAUCUUGAUACUUUGUUAAGUCAGCAUAAGGAUGUCUAGCAGCUCUUUCUUUCGAUCCUUGAUGCACAUGUAGCCAGCUUUAGAAAUAACGUAACUUCAUGAUUCAAGUAGAGAUUGAGGUCAGCAUUACUGCCAAAAUCAAAUCUUCAAUGUCUAUAUUGGAUCAGUUUCCACUCUGCCAGAUAGUGAAAAGAAACAUUAAAAACAUCCUGUUCAGCUAAUCCAAUCAGAUUCGGAGAUGGCUGAACACAAUUCAAAAGGAAUUUGUCCUUGUGUGUCUGUAGCUGAGACUUUAUCCUGUUUUAAAUAAUUCUCCAAAACAUUGAAUUUAACAUCAUCUGUUGUCUGAUAUUGUCCUGUAGCUUAACUCAAGUUGGGAGGUUCUGCACAAAGUCUUAAUGAUACUCAAUGUGAUAAGAUUUGGUUCCCUCUGAAAAACCACACACCAUAAUCAGACCUUUUUUCUCCCAAAUCAGGCUUGAUUAUUGUUGAAUUGUGUGAAAGAUUAGCAUUGUAAGCCCAACCAAAAAGUAUGCAACACCACUCAUCAAAUCAAAGUUGUACUGGAAAUUACAAACAUCUCAUUUAGACUGGAUUUACAACAUCUUUGAUGUACUGAUGUUUCCUUUCUGUUUAAGACAUCUUUCAAGUGGUUUGAGCAAUGGAGGGCAACCUCUUUUGGCGCUGAAGCUAGUUUUUCCUGGCCCAGACUGUAGAGAUUAACUUACACAUGGAUUUCCCACAAUCCCAAAUUCAGUUUUAGUGCUUGUUUAAAACCUCAAAUGGUGGUAUAUGUUGGGAAAGAUGAAAUAUUAGUCCUCCAGGACUGGAAGCGGUACGUCGCCCACAAACACUGGGUCACUGGUUUAUCAAAAUACAGUCUGUAGUGUAAAAUGUGAAGAGUGUUGUGAGACUCUGCUUGAGCCCAAACACAACCUUGCAGUUCAACUCUGAACCCUGAACCUGCGGUGAUAUCAGACUCUCAAAGUGUAUUUCAGAGGCUCUGUACCCCAGACUUGGCGUUCAGCUCUGCAGUAGCAGAUGGCAGCCAGACUCUGGAGUGCCACAUCUGACUACAUGAGUGAAAAAAGCGGAGAUACAAAAAAUAUGAUCUGCUGUGAAUAAUGUAACCCCCUCUGAGUGUGCAUGUGUAACCCUAAUAGGUGUGUGUGCCAAAAUGUUCAGAGUCCCACACACAUAAGUGCACAGAGGCAGGUCAUGGUCGGCCAACGUAGGGAACCCCUGUGUUGCUGUAAUGCAAUCCUCCCACAGAGAAUGUUCUGGUUUCAGCCCUGCCCUGAAGAGUGUGCUUCCACUGCCAGGUACACAGACACAGUCUCAAGCCCGCAGGGCUCCCCUUGAAGUUUGUCUAUAUGCCGACUAUAGCGUAGCUACUCAGUGAAUUAUUAUAUAACAAGAACACGGCUCUUAGUUUAAGUUAUCUCACUUAACUUGUACAGAAGAGCAGUCGUUUUAAAGACAGCGCAGGAUGCUUUUAGACAUGUCAGCGCUCAAUCAAAACAUCAGGAGACUUGCACGUCUGGCAAUCAUCUCAAACAUGUGGCAACAGACAAAAGGAAACAGUUUGAAACAGUUUGAGUUGAUUUUUGCCAAAAGAGAGUUUUCUCUCUUUCGCUCUAUUUGUCUAACUUUAUUUUUUGUACCUGUUUCUCCUUAAUGCGACCCUUUUUGCACACCAUCAACCCUCCUCCUUUAGGGCUGUUUACUCUGGGAGUCAACAAUGCUGCGUUGAUUGCAGACUGUUUUGAUGCUAAUGGAGGAUGUUCGGUGGGAGGAGCCCGUGGCUUGAUGAGCUCCAAAUGUUCAGGCAUCGCUGAAAGAUGCUUAUUGCUUCUGACAGGUGAUGAGGCUUUUGUGGUUGAGGAGACCGGAGAAGGCUUGGCUGACAGGAGCUGUCCUAGUUGACUGAUUUCAAGGUGUGUGUGGGAGCAUGUGGGAGUUACCUGUGCCAAACCACUGUGUUUAAGAUAAUAGUCUGAGGGGAAGCUUUGAUGUAGCCGACAGCACAGGGCCAACAGGUAGCGGAGGAGUCACAGGCCAGGAGGCAGUUGGAGGAAGCUGUUUGUCCCUGUCACUCAGAUGACUAUUCUUAACACUGUUUUAAUUUGAAACUGCCUGUUCCUGAUCUGUCUUUCACUCUGUCAUCAGAAUCUGAGUUAUCAAGUAAGUUAUUUUUUUUAAGGGCGCUUGAGUUUGACAGGCUGUAUUAAGACGGUUACUUGUCAUGUCAUCAUUUAAAUGUAGAUGAAAAUUAACAGGGCUUAUGUAAUUCUGGAAUGUUUCUUAUGAUUUGCUUUCUUUUUUGUCUUAACAUGCUGGCAAAGAGAGGGUUAAAAAAAAUUACAACACAAUUCUCCACAUUUCUCAUCUGGACACCAUGCCUUGUUCAAUGGGGUUACAACCCUAAUUCCACGAUGGUUGGAUGCUGUGUUAAAUGUCAGUAAAAACAGAUUUAGAUGGUUUGCAAUUCAUUUAAACCCUACAUUGAAUUGAAAAUAGUGCGAAAAUUCUACAUGAAAUUGAAACUGAAAAUUUCUCUGAUUUAGAAAAAUAUACAGUGUUCUCUUUAAGUAUAAUAGGAGGCAUAAAUUAAUACCAAAUGUAUACACUAAAGAGUUGGGUAAUGCCAAUAGAAAAACAAAAACAAAACAGCCAGAGGAACAUUUUCCAAGAAACUGGUUAAUUUGUAAAGGGUUAGUCACAUGACUGGGUACAUAAGGGGCUUUCAGGUAGGCUGAGUCCCUGAAAUUGUAAUUGAUUUACAUUAUUACAUAUUAUAAUAUGAAAUAUUAAAAAAAAAUCUAGAGAAACAGCGACAAGACCAAAAACAAGUACUGGAUGGGCAUGAUUUUUGGCCCCUUUAUCUUUUGGGACACUGCAUCAAAAACAAAUGUGUCUCUGUAGUAGAAAUCACUGCAUGGGCUCAAAAUCACUCCCAGAGACCACUGUCUACAUCCUCUGGGCCCCUGCCAUGUUAAUAAUAAUAAUAUGGUCUGGGGUGCAAUGAAAGACUGUCCUGUGGUCUGAUAUGAAAAUCUUGACAGUCUUUUGGAAAUCAUGGACACUGCAUACUCGACUCAUACUCACAGGCAAGCAUUCAUGGUAAUAUGGGAAUGCAUAAGUGCCCAAAGUACAAGUAGUCACCACAUCUGUGACAACACCAACUAAAGCCUUUAUCCUUUACAACAGCAUGGCUCUGUAGUAGAAGAGUCCAGGUACUAAGGUGGCCUGCCAAUCCUGACAUGUCACCCAUCAAAAACAUUCAAUCAAUAAAAGUUUUCACUGUCAGCAAUGGAUAAGUGCUCUUUGCACUAUUUUCAAUUAAAUAUAGGCUUUGAGUGAUUCAUAAACCAUCAAAUUUAUUAAUAUUUUACAUUUUGCAUAGCCUCACAACUUUUUUGGAAUUGCAGUUGUAUAACACGGUCUUAUUUGAGUUGUAAAGCACAGACAUCUCUCUGUUGUUUGGAGGUUUAUAUAGUUUUACUUAAUUAAAUCCCACCAAACCCAAAUUGUAGAUGUAAACAAUACAUGAAAAAAUGUAAGCAGUUGACUCAGAAGAAAAAAAAAAUGUUAACUGUUUUCAGCCAGAAAUAGUUGUUGUUUUUUUCAGCACCACCACAAUGUGUUGAAGGUAAAUAUUUAGCAAGUGCUGAAGAGGUUUGCAUUAAAUCUUUCUCCUCCUGUGGGGCCGUCGCUGUAGGUAGAAGAAAGCACAAGAAAAACUUUGCAAAGAGGCAAAGUGGAGGAGCUAAUCGGGGUUAAUUGGCUGCUGUUAUUUUGACCCGAGGCAGAAAAGAGAUAAGAGCGUCAUGACGAGGAGAGAGGGAAGAAAAGCGGGGGAAGAAAGGUAUGCUGAAGGAGAAAGGAAAGUUUGAGUGCAGCGUGACCUGUUUGCUGGGUUGGUUAAGGUUGGUGAAGCAACAAGAGGCCCAAGAUGAGUCAGAAAAAGACAGCAAAAGAGAGAAAGCUGUCAGGGUGAUGCAUACCAUGUAAUAUAUUCCUCACACCUGUUGAACAGAAGUAUGUUUUACCAAUAAUCACAAGCAUGAAUCACAUCUGCCUACCGUGGGUGUCAAAGCAAAGAAAGAGACUGUGGACAGACAUCAAGCAGUAGAUGGAGAAAGGAGACGCACAUGAAGUUCCUUAAUACUCAAAACCACCUUUCAGCUCCAAUUUUCUCUGUUUGAAACCAGAGGCAGGAGCGCUAAAAGGUUUGCAGUGUUACAACCCCCUCCACUCUUAGACACACACACUUAUUAGCACGACACACACACUCAAAAUCCUUGUUUACCCCCUUAGCAAUGUGAAAUUAAUCUACAUGUAUGAUAACGGCUUCAAACAUUCUUACAAACACUCACACUUUAACAUACUCCCCGCCCCCCAAACACCAUGAAACCUAAACAAGUCCACAUACAACUGAUACAAACACAUUAAUGUUUAUGAUUGUAAAGAGAGCCAUAUGUCUUUGUUUUUGGGUUAUCAGGCAGGAAUGAGCGUGUGUGUGUCUGUGUAGCUGUUUGCCUGACAGACCAGUGCAAUGAACAUAGGAGCUAUUUGUCUGACUGUCUGAAGUCAUUACGAGAGGUUUUAUCUGAAGCCAGAGUAAACCUCUGACAGCCAGAAACGACUCCAGUUAGACUGGAAACAGAAAAAGCCUUAUUGGCAGUGUGAGAAGAGACGAAACCAGAAUAUUGUAUAAAUAUCUGUUAACAGUCAGAUAGCACAAGUGACAGGAGGUAAUAUUACAAGCUGAUGAUAGGUGUAUUUUUUCAGCUCUCACAUUUAUUAAAAACACUUCUCAGGUUCAAAAUGUCUGAGGUAAUAAGGGCAGAGCUAAGUUUCACCUCCAUGUUUUGAUUGUAAAUACCUCUGUGGGGAAUGUUCGUUAUCACCUAUAUACUCAUCAUGUGGGUGUUAUUGAAGUAACAUUAAACAUCUCUGUCUGUGUUUUCAUCUUUUUCAUUUUUCCACCAGUCCAUCAACACCAACUUGUCCUGCUGUUGGCAGCUGCCAUGGCGACCGCCCUGGACUCUUCACACAGCCUGGCCAGUGAAAGGAGUUCAAUAGAGAGCACAUAUGAACUGACAAAAUACCUGGAGUAUCAGCUCAAGGAAAUUAAAGAUAUAUAUGUAAGUUAUUCAGUUUUUGAACUUGUGAUUAUUUGGUGUGCUAGUUUUGCAUAUAUUUGAAUGUAUGAAACUGUUAUACACACAAAAAAGAGAAAAAGCAGAGAAAACGUCUCUUUGGAUCACAAAUAAACACCGUUGCAAAGGUUUCCAUUAAAGCAGCUGUGAUGUUAUUAAAAUAAUAAAGAUGAAUCAAUUAGACAGUAAUGUGAAAAUGAGCAAGGAGCAAACCUCUUUAGAUUUAUUAUUGAAUUCUGCAGCUCGUCUUUAUGGAGCUACAUGAUAUUUUUAGCUCCUUGUUUAGCUCACAGGCAAACAACUUUAUAGUUUUGGCUCACUUUCCCUGUUAUUAUCAUUUUCAGCAGCAGCAUCCAGCUGUUUUCAGAGUAAGCUUUGAAAGAAUAACGUGCACUACAACAAACGUGACACCGAAAGAAUGAUAAUGUUAUUCCGCAACUGCUGUGUUGGCAAAUGUUUGCUGAUAAGUUCAUAUCACCAGCUAACAACAUGUUUGUAGGACAGCUCUGUUCCCAAACUUUCGAGUUUGUUUUGACACGGUACAAACCUUUUGAAUGGCUGCACAGACAAGUCUUUUUUCUGACGAAAAUCAUGAUGAUUGAAAUAUUGGUAAAGGGGUUAACAUGAGAUAUGAUUCAUUCAAGUCAGGUGUUAACAUGCAUCUACAAAUUUAGUCAGAAUGACUGUGUGGUAUGUUCAAAAUAGGUUUGCAUUGGACCAGGAUGUGACCAAGGUGAUAAGAGUGUUAGACGUAGUGAAAACUGACUGCUGGGCCUUCAAAUCUCAUACUUAUUAUGGUCUAAAGUGGUUACUCAGAUGGGGACUAAGCCUUGUAGCGUUUUUGCUAUUUCCACACCCUAUCUUUGCUUCUAAAGUCUACGAAAGGAAUUGAUUGACACCUCUCUUUAACCACGCACCAUAGACUGUAUAUAAAAUGGACAGAGUCUGCCUCCUUGCUGGGUGAAGCCACUACGAGAACGGCACCCUCUGGUCACGGGCUGCAGUAUAGCCCUAUACAUACAUUUUUCUCCCCCCUGCUUGCGAUGUUGACAUGUAGUUAUUGUAAGACUGGUCUGUGCUCAAGUCCUCUUUUUUCUGUACAGCUGUUUUCAGAAGUUAUGAGGGGGUUCAUGUUUUCUUUGAUUGACACUUGAUACAGCCUAGGGGCGUAAAGGAUUGCGUAGCUCACCCAGGGGAUACGCUGCCAAGCAUCAUCACAGCAACUCUUGGCGACCCUCCCACCAAAUGUGCACAAUGCUACUGUGCAAUGUUGGUUUCAGGAAAUGGAGAGAAAACGCAGAAUUACCAAGAGCUUUUUGGCUUCAGAUCCGUGCAAUAGCGGAAGGCGGAACCAAGUUGUCCAUAGUCUAUGCCACACAUACUCAUGCUUAUGCCAGUUCAUGCUAUGCUGCUAGACAAAGUGACAAGACUGUCGACCCACGACAAGUAGCCAAUAGAAAAACUGUGAGGUGUAUAAGUUAGCUUGUUUUUUUUUGUUUGUUUGUUUGUUUUUUGGAUGCACUGGAGUCGUCUGAUAAGACUAAAUGAUUUGUGCGGACUAACUAUUUAACCGUCAUUAAAUUUGACUACAAAAGCACCACUUCUGUAAACAGAAAAUAACCAUUUAUAACUAAGUAUGCACACUGGGCAUGAAAACUAUGGUCAACACUUAGGGCGAGUGUAUUCAUAAAAUAUUUUUUAUUUUACUUUGUUUAUGAAAAGAUUUACACCACUGCUGUGCAACCAAAUAAAAUUUCAUUCUGUUUGAGCCUGUUUAUUCUGAAUGUGGAGCAUUUUCAUUUAAACUGUUCAUAACUGUGAUAUUUUUGUGCAUGUGAAUGCAGCAACUGUCUAGCAGUGAGUUGGACAAGAUAUCAUUUAACAGCAUCUGACAGCUAGAGGUGUAACCUGUGAAUUAUUUCAGAUCUAUAUGCCUUUUUUUUCUUAUUUUUAUUUAUAAUGUAUUUCUCAGUACUUUGAGAUCUGAGGCUGUUGUGAACCUGCUAUAAAGACACCUGACAAGCUUUGAAACAGGAGCAGUCAGGUUAGAUCAGAUAACUCUGAGGAGAAAAAAACACACAACCAAACCGUGAAUUCAUUGUUGUAAACACUUCCGCAGCCCAGAGGUUGUUAUUGUAGUUUAACUUUGAUUCACUUUACUUGAUGACAUUGAGUUUUCUUGUAGAGACAUGACACAAAUUCUUACUUUCUUUCAAUUUACAAGGAAAGAGGCAAAGAAAAACUGGUUACAUCACUUUGAAAAUGAUGGUCCAAACAAUGUGUACUGAACCAACUUUCUCAUUUUCAUUCAUUUCCCACAGCUGACCUACCUUGGCCCUCCAUUCAACGAGAAAGACUUUUCCCCUCCUCGCCCUAACAGCACAGCUCUGUCCUUGCCAAGUGCUGCCACUCGUCUGGAGUUGUGGCACGGCCUGGAGAACCAGGCCCGCCUCGCCCAGAACCAGAAGGCUUACUCUGUUCUGCUGGCUGCUGUCAGAGAGCUGGCCCGCUCCACUCUUUGCCCCUCACUCAAGACCUCCCUGCUGCACUUCUGCACAGGCCUGGAUGGGCUGCUGGGCUCCAUAUCAGCCCUGAUGACCACCCUCGGUUACACGCUUCCUCCAGCAAAUAUGAGAAGUAAUGGCGGAGAGCUGUAUCAAUACCCUCACAGGGGGACAGGGGCUGUGCGACCAGCUCCGCUGAUGAGUCAGAGCCUUUACAGGUCUAAAGCCGGGACAAGGACUGAGUCGAGGCGCAACAACCAAAGAAGAAGUGGGACGAGGGUGGUGAGAGGCGAGAGAGAGGACACGGGGGAAAAAAGAAGAGGGAAAGAGGGGAGGAGAGCUUCAGGUAGAGGAAGAAGUGUCGAAUCAAGGGAGAAGGGCAAAAAGGAAAGAGGGGGUAGAGGGAGGAGGGAAGAGCCCAAGAGCGAGAGAUGGACUGAGAAGAUAGUUGGUGAAAUGGAGCUCCAACAAGAAGGAGAGUUGGAGGGAUGGGUUAUGAGAAGGAGGUUGUUAAGUUUCAAUGAAGAUGGAGGGGCUGAAGGUGGAGAGGUAGAAGUUCUGUUUGGGGGUACAGAGUUUGCUAGUUCUUUUAGAAAAUCAGCCAUACAAGUAAACGACUACAAUCAGUACAGCUACAACUGGAACUCAUUUCAACCGCACACAAUCAGAGAAGAGGACCGAUUUAUUGUGGACAGAAGGGGAGAGGGGGAAGACAAGAACCACAGAGAUAUGGAAGCUAUCUCCUCUUCCUCUUCUCUCCAUCAUCAGCGUCGGCCUCCUCGCUCCCUCCUCUCACCUACCCUCCAACCUCCCCUCUCCACCCUCUCCCUCCUCUACCAGUUCAGAGGCGGCGAGGAGCACACUCUCCUGUCUCAGCCCGUUCCUCUGUCUUUACAAAGGGGCACCUCGCUUCUUUCACCUCCUCUGACCCCACUCCUGUCCACCACAUCCUCUUCCUCUGGGUCUUCCUCUUCGCUCCUGUCAGUGCGGCCCACGAUGAACGACUUUGCCAGGAAAGUGGAGGGCUUUUGGAUUUUGCGAGAGCUACAGAGUUGGCUGUGGCGAUCGGCGAAAGACUUUAACCGCCUUAAGAAGAGACUUCGAGGUUGA